AUGUUAAAUAACAAGCUAAAGCUGAACAGUGGGAAGACUGAAAUUAUAGUUUUUUCAUCCUCCUAUCACCCACGUCCUGCCUUAAAAAACCUGGUGAUUGCCUUUGACACUGUUGACUGUUCAACUACUGCUAAAAAUAUUGGGUUUAUUUUUAGUAACUCUCUAUCGAUGUUGCCGCACGUUACUGCCGUUUGCAAGUCUUCGUUUUUUCAUUUACGCAAUAUUUUUAAGAUUCGCAAGUUUCUUUCUUAAGAUACAUGUAAAACUCUAAUUCAUGCCUUUGUUACUGCAAGGAUCGACCUAUUGUAACUCAUUGCUCUACGGUCAGCCUAAACGUAUCUCGAAACGUUUACAGAGUGUCCUAAAUAGUGCUGCUAGGCUUUUUCACCUUACUAGUAGAUAUAGAAAAUAACACAGCCCUUUCAGAAGGGGCCAAGGCCAGGGAGAUUUUGUCAUCCCCUAAUACAGUGGAAUAUAUGUCAUCAGAGGAAAGUGAUCCGGGGGAUACGACAGAGGAACGAUCAAGAGGCCCCAAGCCAAGAAAGAUCAAAAAGCUGUCAUGGGAACGAAGCAAACUGAAAAACAUCAAAGAAAUACUGGACAAAUGUUAUUUGUCAGGGCUUAAUGCUAAGCAGCGUAGGACCAGCGCGCAUGUAAGCAGAUACGACGAAGUGUCUCCACGGCCUUGCCCUGUUGAUGGCCCUCGUUGGGCAGUUUGCAGUCAGUGAAAUCAUGCACAGUAUUUACCGUGUAAGUGAAGACUUACUUCUUAUGUUAAUUCAUUUGUGCAUUGGAAUCUUUAGACUAGUUUUACGCUAUGAGUUCGGAGUAUUCUUUUUUCAACUUUUGCUGUGCAACGAAAUUAAUCAACAUUCAAACACAAAGAGUGGGAAUAACUGCCAACACGUAACGGGUAAAACAUAAAAUAAGCCUUAAAACAUUUAUAAAAGAAGACAUGAAUGCCAAGCUUAAUAUAACCUGCGAUCAGGCGAUUUUUUUUUUUUGGUGGGAGAAAGAAAAAUACGCCUGAUACAAUUGUUUGUCAAUUCGUCUGCAUCUAGUCCACAAUCUGGACUUCUUUCUGAUUGGUCGUGAAACAAUAGACAAAAUGAACCUUUAUUCUGACUGGUUACCCUGUAAAGAGGUUUCACAUCCGGUCUAAAAAUACUCUGAGCAAGACGAAUUUUCAUCAUGGCGGUGGUAGUGCAAGACAGAGAAAGCGAGUUUGUAUCAGCUUUAGCUGCGUCUCUCGAGGGUUUUGUGCACAGAACUCUUAAAGAGCAACAAAGGGAGUGUAUUCGGCGAAUUGUUUGUGAAAAAAAAGAUGUUUUCGCUGUGCUUCCCAUGGGAUUCGGCAAAAGCGCCAUCUAUCAGUUGAUACUCAGUGUUGUCGCUUAUGGGGCAUACUGCAGAUGACAUUAAAACAACUGUUGCUGUAGUAAGUCCCUUGGACUAUAUUCGAAAGCAACAGGUUGCUGCCAUAGAAAAGUUAAACUUUGGAAUCAGCGCUGCAGCUAUGGGUGAAUCCUAUUUGAACAACAAAGAAAUCGAAGAAGGAAGAUUUGAAAUUGUCUAUGAAAGCGCUGAACAAUGGCUGAGCGAUCGAUGGCGGAAAGCUUUGCAGUUUGGCGCUCUCCAUCAGACUAAGGUGUUGGUUGUUGAUUAA